AAUUAAUUAUAACCACUUCAUUUUUUAUCUAAUUAACUCGGCUUCCUUUAUUACAGAGUACAAAAUAGAACUUAUUGAGUGUUUUUAUUAGAUCAUUUACAUUCUAAUUUUCACUAUUUACCAUAAUAAUUUGUCAAUAUUUAUUUUACGUGUUAGCCAAAAUAAUUUCGUAAGUUUGAAUGAAAUUGAUUUAGUCAUGAGUUCAUGUUAAAGGGAUAGUUCAAAAAAUUCAAUGAGAUAGUUUUUCUUUUCUUGAAACACUUCAAAUGAGAUAGUAUUUUAUCAUCUUAGUUCAUAUAUCUUCAUUUUUAUUUCUUAUUUGGUUCUUUUCAAAGGAAAAGAUAUAUUUUAGUUUAUCCAUCUAAUAUUACUUAUCCCUAGGCGACUCAACAUUCCCUUAUUAGAUUACAGUUCAAAUAAUUGGGAUUUGUUUAUGCCUUUUGUCUUCUGGAUUGUGUUUAUGGUAAAACCUAAAAGUUGGAUAUUUUUAAAAUCUCGUAUAAUAGACAAAUAUCCUGCGUAUAUACACAAAAUAAAUUUCUCAAAGGUGGUAGGUACGCAAAUGUUAGACAAUGAUUAACCCGAGAUUUUUUUAGUGGGUGUUUCUUAACUUCCGCUAAUAACUCCACUCUAAGAAUCCUGAGUUAAUCAUGCUCUUAAAUCACUAAAUCACGACAAAUCUGCUAAAAAGUCUCUCUCUCUUCUUUCUAUCUUUAGAUUUACAAAGACUAAGACCACUUUAAGUCUUUAACCAUAAUCCAUCAAUAUCUCCUGCAAGAUUUUUUUUUUUUUCUUCGACGUCAAAAAACUAUUUUAUUACUCAAGACCUUUUCUUUCUUAAAGAUAUUUUCUGUUUAAGCUUUUUAGGCCUUUAAGGUAACAUUAAAAGGAGUUAAAGAGAGAGAACUUCCAUAAAAAUAUAUUUUACCAAGGAAGCAAAACAAAAGGUGAGUGAGCUCGAAACCCUAUGCUUAAUUUUUGGACUCGAACUAUACAUAAGCAGUUUCCGUUAAUCCGCAGAGACUUUUUUCACCUCUGUCUAUGCAUAUGUUUGGGUUUGUCUCCACAAACAUGCCUUAUUUUUGUCUCUACCUAAAUAUUUUAUUAUACAUUCAAAAUUCAGGGAAUAAACUAACCUUUGCUCUCAAAAAUCAAAUUUAAAAGAGUCUAUAAGUUAACAAAAGAAGAAAAAGAAGCCCUUGUACUUGUUUUUAAGUCCGAUCUCUUGUCGCUUUGUUGUCUGAAAAGCAGAUAAACGAAACUCUUUGAGAGCUUUUUCAUAUAUAUUGUUUAAAAUCUAAGUACCUUUGGCUUCUACAAGUUCUUUUGCAAAAGACUCAACAAGGAAUAAAUUCGAAGACAAAAAAGACAGAUGGAAAGUAAUAUUGGUGGAGCUGGAGAAGUAAGAAGAGUGAAAUUAGUAUAUUUCCUUAGCAGCCGUUCUGGUCAAGUUGACCAGCCUCAUCUCUUGUCUGUUCAUCAUCUCUCCCGUAAUGGUGUCUUUCUUCGAGAUGUGAAGCGAUGGUUAGCGGGUGUACGAGGGAGUGCGAUGCCAGACCAAUACUGUUGGUCGUGUAAAAGGAGGUAUAAAAAUGGAUAUGUCUGGCAAGAUUUAUUGGAUGACGAUCUUAUUACUCCCAUCUCCGAUAAUGAAUACGUUCUCAAAGGAUCUGAGAUUCUUCUAAACAAUCCAAAGGAGGAGUCUCCUCAUCCGGAAAAGAAAGCUUGGAAGACAAGAAACGUCGGUGACGGCAGUAUUGACGCUAAAGAAAAUCUACUGAAGUCGAAGUUUACGUCGGACAUGAUCCACAAAGAGUCUCCCGUCUUCUGCUCUCAACGUUCGACGGCGACAACGUCGACGGUCACCGAUGAAUCCACCACAAACGAAGAAGAAACGUUCGUUCUAAAGAAACCAGGUCUGAAAAAAGUAUCCGGCCAAGGAGACGGGUCGACAGGAAAAGUGUCGGGUAACGAUACAGAGUCAGGUCGAACAAGUGUAUCGUCGACGACGUCGUCUUCGAGUUUUAUUAAAGGUAAGAGCUAUUCGAGCGCGCGUGCCUCGCAAGUGCUAAGGAAUUUGAUAAAGUGCGGUGGUUUGGACACGAACGACGCCGUAUUAGUGCCUUUGAAUAAGUCUGCGUCAAGGUCUUUUGGUGCGGCUUGGGAAGAUGAACCCAGAUUCCAAUACCAACAGCACAAUGCUCGAAAAAGCUUUGAAGGGGCAUGGAAUGCCAUAAAGAUGAAAGACACAAUUGAAUUUUGUAAACCAAAGGUGGCUUCAAGCAAGCCUUCAAUGGCUCCACUAUGCUCGCAAUGUGGGAAGUCAUUCAAACCCGAGAAGAUGCAUUCACACAUGAAGUUGUGUCUAAGAAUGAAGAGUUCAUUGUCGAAGGAUGAUGAUUUGAUGACGGGAAAUAAUACCAUUAGACCGAACCAGCAACGCUGCAGAAACAUUUCGGGAGAUCCAUCAGGACAUCAACGUGUAGUGAGAGCUACUCUCAAAGAAUAAUGAAGCUUAACUAUGAUUGAUUAUCUAGCUGUGCGAUAUGUGAAUGGAUGCAGACGGGUAAAAUUUUCACUAGUUCAGUGAAGUUCAGUUUGAUGAAGCGCACAAAUUGUUAGAAUAUCAUGAGGUCUUUGGCAUAAAGUGGGUUUGGGUAAUCUAACUGAAGGUUUUAGAUGCUCAAUUGAUCACAAUUUGAACAUUUAUGUCUUAAUGACUCAUUAUUUGAUAUAAUGCAAACAGAUAUUUAUUUCGUUCACGUUUUAAAACCUUUAUAUAUACGGUUAUAUCUUACGUACGCGCGCACGUAUGUUCAUGCCAUCAUGUGCGUCAGUGCAUGCAUGUUACUUAUAUUGAUACAUUAGGUUGAGAAUAAUUAAGCACAUGAACUAAAUAAAUACAACAUGAUCUUUGUCGUUUUGUUUUCGAAGAUAAAAUCUUGAAUU